UGCGUUUACAGGAAAAGGCUCUCUUUGGUUUCCUAGGUUAUCCUCUUUUAGGUUUCUAAUAUCGUGAAAUCGAUUGAUAGAAUAAUAUUGAUUUAUAUAUUUAAGGAAACAUUAAAAAUAAUUAUGUGAUUGGCUAUGAUAAAAGAGAACUACAAAGAACAAGUAACUAAAACUGUUGGAAGAUUUUGAACUUAAAUAACCUACAAAACGAUGUCUGCAGAAGAAAAUUUUGAACAGUUUGAGGAUGAAGAGGCAGAAAUUCCAAUCGGCGGGACUCUGCCUGGAGGAAGAAAACGGCUCUUCUCCAAAGAACUGCGCUGCAUGAUGUAUGGCUUCGGCGACGAUCAGAAUCCUUAUACAGAAAGCGUUGAUCUGUUGGAGGAUUUGGUUAUCGAAUUCAUAACAGAGAUGACACAUCGAGCCAUGGAGAUUGGACGCACAGGACGAGUUCAAGUAGAAGAUAUUGUAUUUUUAGUAAGAAAGGAUUCCAGGAAAUAUGCCAGAGUAAAAGAUCUUUUAACAAUGAACGAGGAACUUAAGAAAGCAAGAAAGGCUUUUGACGAGGUUAAAUAUGCAGAAUAACAUCAUUGAUUCCCACACCUUGAUAAGAAGAACCGCACAGUGCCAGGGGAAUAUGGUGCGCGGAAAUAUAAUCG